AUGAAAGAGAUGGGAGUAAUAGUGGUUCUUCUACUUCAAUCAAUCUUCUACGUUGCAUUUUGCUUCAAAGAUGGGCUACUACCAAACGGUGGCUUCGAAUUAGGACCACGACAAUCGGACAUGAAAGGAACACAAGUGAUGAGCAAAACAGCGAUCCCAAACUGGGAACUCUCAGGCUUCGUCGAGUACAUUCCUUCAGGACACAAACAAGGCGACAUGAUCCUCGUCGUGCCUAAAGGCGCUUUCGCAGUGCGUCUAGGCAACGAAGCCUCCAUCAAACAGAAACUUAACGUCAAGAAAGGUUCUUAUUACUCGAUCACGUUCAGUGCAGCUCGAACAUGCGCUCAGGACGAGCAGUUAAACGUUUCAGUCGCUCCUCACCACGGAGUGAUGCCGAUCCAAACAGUGUAUAGUAGCUCCGGUUGGGAUUUAUAUUCGUGGGCUUUUAAGGCCCAGAGUGAUCAUGCAGAGAUAGUCAUACAUAAUCCAGGUGUUGAGGAAGAUCCUGCUUGUGGUCCACUUAUCGACGGUGUUGCUAUGAGAGCUCUUUAUCCUCCUCGUCCCACCAACAAGAACAUUCUGAAGAACGGAGGAUUCGAAGAAGGCCCAUGGGUUUUACCCAACACGUCAUCGGGAGUUUUGAUCCCGCCAAACUCCGUCGACGACCACUCUCCGUUACCGGGAUGGAUGGUCGAGUCUCUCAAAGCCGUUAAAUACAUCGACUCCGAUCAUUUCUCCGUCCCUCAAGGCCGUCGCGCCGUCGAACUCGUCGCAGGGAAAGAGAGUGCGGUCGCGCAAGUCGUCCGCACAAUCCCGGGGAAGACCUACGUCCUCUCUUUCGCCGUCGGAGACGCAAGCAACGCCUGCGCCGGUUCUAUGAUCGUCGAAGCUUUCGCCGGCAAAGACACGCUCAAGGUUCCGUACCAAUCAAAAGGGAAAGGAGGAUUCAAGCGAGCUUCACUCAGAUUCGUCGCCGUCUCGGGUCGUACUAGAGUCAUGUUCUACAGCACGUUUUACGCCAUGAGAAACGACGACUUCUCGAGCUUGUGUGGGCCCGUCAUCGACGACGUUAAACUUCUCAGCGCUCGUAGGCCGUGA